AUGAGGAAAACGCCGCCGAAACAUCAACCUGGACGUCGCCACCAUCUUCGCCAUCGUCGGAUGUUCAACAACAACCUACGACAGCAAGCCACCAGACGCUACAAAAUGUUGAAAACACUGAAACGCCUCUCCUUGGAAUCAGACUUCCACGAAACCCAGCUUAAAUGGCUUGAGGCCAACGCGUAUUUUCAACUUCACCAAUCAACGCUACCAAAUCUCACCAAUUUGAAUGAGUUUACAAUCGGUUUCCAAACCAUGAUCUACAAUUACUUUGCCUCCAACUUCGGCACCAUCAACAAUAAAAUUAAACCAGACGGAUGUACAAAAAAAUCAAUUAAGCUGUUGAAAAAAAAAUUAAAACAACCUAAAUUCUUGGGCCGCAAUAACCAUCAUUUCGACAACCAAAUAAGGUCGGAUAGCAAAACGUUGAGAUCGAAAUUUUCGUCAUCAAAAUCUUCCGACUCAACUAAACAGCACAACACAACAAGCCAACUCAAACGUCGAUUUUGGUGGUUUUGCAAAAAAGUUUUUAAUUCAACUACAAGUUUGAGCCCAUCAUACAGCGUCACCGUCUGCAAAAACUACUUUCACUCCCUCCAAAGCGACACUCACAACAACAAGCAACAGCAGCCAAACUGGAUCCUAAAACUCUCAACGCCGCCAACACCUUGCAACAAAGAUUUUCUCAGCUACAACGAAAUCUCAAAAAUUAUUCGAAAAUAA